UCGGGUCAAGUUGCCUCCGCGCAUCAAAACCGCGUUCGUUUUCAUUUUCGAUUUGAUUUUGGUUUCGGUUUCUCAGACCUUAAGUCUAUCCAUAUUUCGAAUUAUAUUGGCCGAAAGAGAAAACUCGUUUCGGUGGCGCGAAGAUGGUGAUGUUGCUGUGUGGAAUGAGGAAAAAUGUAUCGAUCUCGCGGCGUGUUGAAUGUGUUAAAAUCAAUUAGCAUACUGCUGCUGCUGCUGUUGCAGCUUCUGCCGUUUCUGCCAUUGUGCGGUGCCUUUGUGAAUGAGUCGUCGUCGUUGUCGUCUGUUUUCGGGCCCGAGAAGCUGCAGGCCUUCAAGAUCUUCGACGAUGAGCAACCCAGCCAGAUCUCGGGUCGCAGUUUCAUCUGCGUGCCGCUUUUUCGGGUCUUUAGCCUGGAGCUAGGGGCCAAUACUCGACUAUCCGCCGACGAAUAUGUGGCUGUGAGUGGGGAUCAUCCGGCCCUGGGUUUUUGGCAACUUGAUAAGGCACUGCCACUCAAGGAACAGGAUAAAUCCCGAACGAAAUGGUAUCUCAGGGUGUGGAUUUGCGCCAGUCAACGAUUCUACUAUCGCUAUGUGAUCUACUCGAAGAACGCGAAAGGCAAACGAAUCCUGAGGAGCUGGGAGGGCCAACGAGUGGCCAGAAUGCUGCAGACCUACGAGAUCUAUCGUUCCCCGGGUCUGGACAUUUUCGGCGAGGCCUAUCCCAACUCAGUGGGCGGAGGAUUCCAUUUGGAACGCGGUUGGCUGCAGUACGAAUACGUCAUAGAGCUCAAGUUCGUCUGGCAGAAUCACUUUGAUAUAGCCGAAAUAGCAAGCAAUGCCAAAUACCGCUUGAUUUUGACACCACUCAAUGUGAUAGAUGACACUCGAAUUGAGGUCUCCAGAUUUGCCUACAAACAGUCAGCUUUCAGAUCCCAAAACCAAAGGGGAGUACGUUACACUCCGGGAUCCAUUGUCAUCUUCCGGAUUUAUCAGCCCUUGGAUACCUACAAUGCCCUACGCCUGUCUUUGUAUCAGGCAUCCAGAGAUGUCCAAUUAUCCGUGGGAGAAGUUUACAUAUUUCCCGAGCAAAUCAAGGGAAGUCGUGGCAUUUUGCAGCUACCCAUCUUUGCCAGCUUACAAAAUGUAGCCAUUGGUGAGGUAACGCUGCCCUACUUGGUGAUUCAACCCAUGCCAAAAGUUGAGGCUGGCAAUUUGAGAGCUAGUUUCCAUCACUACUGGCCGGAUAAUUGGCCCACCUUGGAUGUGGGCUAUCGAGGCCUGGGCGCCAGCUUUUUCCAAUCCUCAACCAGUUUUACAGAGAACACCAUCGAAAGUUUUCUGGCAGUACAAAAAGCCAAAGGUGAUAUGGUCCAAUUGGAUGUGCAGCUUACAAAGGAUUAUAUUCCCAUAGUGUGGCAUGGCUUUGGAUUUUAUACCUCAGAUAGAGAUCGAUCUAUAAGGGAUCGGUUUGACCUACGAUUCGUGCUGAUCAGGGAACUCACCUAUGCCGAACUCAAGGCCAGUCGUGUGUUUAUCCUUAAGCGUUGGACCCUCCAGGAGUACACCCAUCUGAAUGUCAAGGAUGUGAAUCAAAAUAACAGAAUCUUUCCCAAACUCUCGGAAGUUUACGAGGCUCUACCAAAAACAUUGGGUCUCCUGGUCGAGAUCAAAUGGCCACAAAUAAUGGCAUCGGGUGUGCAGGAAUCCACACAGAGUCUGAAUAAAAACAACUAUGUGGAUAGGAUUUUACAGACCAGCAUAUAUCAUGGUUGUGGACGUCCUCUAAUCUUCGCCAGUUUCGAUGCUGAUAUUUGCACUAUGAUUAGACUCAAGCAGCAUGUCUUUCCUGUGAUCCUAAUGAGCAUUGGCAGGUCCAACAUCUGGGAUCCUUAUAUGGAUCUAAGGGCCCAAAGUUUCCAGCAGGCCAUCAAUUUUGCUCAGUCCGCUGAAAUUCUCGGUACAGCUGUUCACGUAGAGAACUUCCAGAGCAAACAUCAGUUGGUCAGCUUGGCCUUGGAUCUCCAGCAAGUUUUAUUUUUGUGGGGUAACGAUCUCCAGAACGUCCACCUGCUGGAGCAAUUUCGAGCCUUGGAUGUAACUGGUCUCAUCUACGACCAAAUGGAUCGAGUGGGUCCCUCCAACUGGAAGCGGUCCGCCUUUUUCCGGGCUCCCCAACUUCUCGAGGUGUUUGGAGCUCAGUGCGUGACCAGUGGCAAUUCAACAACAAUUCCAGGCGUUAAGCCAGCUAAGCCAACCAUAUGGCCAAAGUUAAGAUAAUGCUGAAGUAUGGAUACAAAAAAUAUUAAGUUUUAGAAAAAUGUUUGAAAAUGAAAAAUUGAAACCAGAGUGAGAAAACGUGAAUUUACCUAGGGACAAAAAAAAAAAAUUAAAGUAAUGAUAGCUAAUUUUAUGAAUUAGGAUUAAGGAUUUGUCAAAAAACUUUAAGUACAAGUAUAAGCAAUCAAUUAAGUGGCUUAGUUUAGUUAUUAGCAGAACG